GUCACGCCGGCGAGGGAAUCGGACACAGUGUUUACGAAGCAGCGGAUUGCGGAGUUCAACGUUGGAGGAAUUAUCCAAAGACUGCCAGUCCCUGAGGGCACUGAUGAAGAGGGCUGACGGAAAUGGAGGAAUAUUACAAUGUUCUUAAUGUACUCAAAAACAGCAAGAAAUACUGGGACAAGCCACCUUUAGACUAUGGACCUGAUAAUCCAGAGGAUUCAGACUAUAACAGAAAUGGCUUAAAAGAUGUGGGAGACCUGAGUAAAGUAGACUUUUCACAGCAGUACUCUUUUGUGUCUGAAACUGAAAUCAAUGAAGAGUGCCAACCAAGUGGUCGCAAAGACACUGAGUCAACAGAUUUUCUUCAGCAAAGCUUUUAUAAUGUGGAAGCAACAAGUGAGCAAGGACACCUUUAUUCAGACAGACCCAGUGCCCUAGAGAUUGCUCGCAAGGCUCACGAACAAUUUAAACUUCAUCAUCUGUUGAAGAGGUUAUCCCUGGAGAAAGAAUAUAAACAAGAAGUACAGAGAAAAACAUUGGAAAAGCAGGAGACAUAUUUGCAGCACCUGAACAAGAUCCAUAUUCAGCAUGAGGAGGAGGCUGUAAAAUAUUAUCAAAUUCAGAAGGAAAAAUUGAAGGAUGAAGAAAAUCUUUUAAGGCAACAGCAAGAAGAAGCACUUAGGGCAAUACAGCACUGCAAAAAAGAAUAUACCAUCCAAGUGUCAAAACACUCCUCACAACUUCUGGAAGCUGUAGAGUCUGCAAAACGCCAAGAAGCUGAGCAAGCAAACUUAGUACAGUCUCUUCUUGCUCAGUUGCAGACAGUGAAUGCAGACUUUGUCAACAAGAUGGACAUCAUGUAUCAAAUUAUCAAUGAACUUGAAGGCAGUGAAACAAUUAAUAAGAAUAUGGAGGCUCACCUGCACCAGACAAAGUCUCAAGUGGAAGGCAUCCUAAAUAUUUCUCAUCAAAGACCACCAACAAGAAUACAAAUAGACGAAGUUCAAAAGGUUCUCCAACAGGGACUCACAAUUGUGGAAUCCAUCAUUCAGAAGCUUGAGGCAAAAAAAAUGGAGAAGGCAAACCAAGAGGCUAAAAGGAUUCAAGAAAAUGAAGACAAGGCAAAAGCUGCUGCACUAGAGGUUGAGAGACAAGAAGCUUUGAGAAGACAAAGAAGUCUAGAAAAUCAGCAAGAAAGUGAAGAAAAGAAGGAUAUUGUUCCUGAAGCUAACAAUGAGGACAGAUUGCUGGAUUUGAAACAGAGAGUGAAGCACUAUUUAGAAGCCAAUGAAAAUCUAUCAAAAGACAAGCUGUGGGAGGUGCGUCGGAAGGCAUCUUUGGCCAACCAACUCAAUAAAGACAACCAUAGCAUUAACAGGGAUAAGCUACAAAAGUUGUUGAAUGAAAUGAGGGAAAGAAAAGCUGAAGCUGAGGUACUUGCUAGUUAUAAAAAUUCAGUAACGAGCAACAUAGUUAAGCAAGUUGCAAUUCAAGACUCACUGGGAGCCUCAGCUUAUUCAUGGUUACUUGUAGAACUGGUUACCUUCCAUCCAGAUUUGUGGGACCUAUUUUUAUAUUACCUCUUCAAAGCUUGUCCUAUGCUCAUGCCAGGAAGUCAGAUAAAUGAGGAAAUCCUAGGAAAUAUUGAAAAGCCUGAAGUUUAUUACAGUCAGGUGGGAAAGUACUCUACAAUGUAUGGAUUUGUGUUGACAAGACUAAACAAGAAACAAGGCUCACCCAUCAAGGCAGCAGCUAUUGGAUGGGAGGUACUUGCCAACAUUGUUUCCCAACCGCCUUUGUCAGGAAUCACAGGAGAACUACUACUUAAAAUCUUACAAUCUUGUGGUUACACACUCCAACAAACAUAUAUGAAGCAAUUUGCUAAAGUAAUGGAAUUUAUUAGCAAAUGUUAUCUGCCAAAAGUUAGAGAAGCUACAGAGGGAGGGGGCCAAAAUUGUCUGACUUUGUUGGAAAAUUUUAUGACAGAGUACAGACCCAAUAAACUUACUCAAAAUCAUAUGAUACUAAAGUAUAUGUAGAGUGUAUGUAGAGAAGUGUGCUGCUUGUAAUUUAAUUUUUACUUCAGCCUACUUUUACCCUAUACCCUAUACAAGUUGACUGACAAUAGGUUGUUAGGAAAACACUAUGGUAAUAUAUAUGUACUGAAUGUGUUGGGAGGAAAUUAAUGCUCCAAAGAAUUUAUAUUUAGAAUUUUUCAGAAGAGGCAGUGAAAAGAUUUAGACUAUAUCAGGAUAUAGUGAAAGAAAGUAUGAUGGCACAAAGAUUGUAUGGAACAAAUUUGCAAUAUAAAAUCUGGGUUGUGCUUCUUUUUAACUUUAAACCCAUUGUCUACCCUUUGACUAAUAACUUGUGAGAUGUCAUAUGUUAUUAGUGUUAACGAUGUGCUAUUGGCUUUUAUGUAAUCAUAGCUAGUGUCAAGGCCAGAGGCAGCAAGAACUAAGUUGUUUUGUGAAUAAGUAGUGUCUCAAUUCAGUGAAUUGCCUUUCUCUUCAGACUGUAAAUAUGCUUUUGUUUCUUUAAGCAUAUUUUGGCAAAUCACCUGCUAAUUUGAAAUAGGUGACAAAGAUACUUUCUAGUUUUUUGAGGUUCAUGCAGACUUUCCUUAUUUGUAAAUGACAAUGGUGAAUAAUUCAUUAGCAUAUCACUAUCAUAUAAUUUAACCAUAUCCUUGCAUACUCUGGGUCUUCACUCUGCCUCUUCUGAAAACUUCAUCAGUCUAACUUCUUUGCACCAAUAUUUUUCUCCCAAUGAUUACUACAUAUGUGUUAUCAUACUGCUUUCCUAAAAACUAUAGUUGAUAUUUCCUUGUCAUUUUUUAUCUAAAAGUUUAAAUUUCAAAACUGUGGUUUGUUUUUAGAAUUAUAAGAUUAUAUUUGUAAGAAUUUUUUUAAUAAAAGCAUGUUCAAAAUGCCUUUUUAUACAUU